AGACUUUAAGAUAAUUAAAACCUUGGCAGAAUCUGUCCGCACUUAUGGCAUAGAUGCCGCUUUCACUCUCACUCAGGUGGAGGGACUUACUAGAUUUUGCAUGACUCCCUCAGAUUGGGCUAGUCUAGUCCGCGCUUGUGUUUCCCCAGGGAAAUAUUAGGAGUCCAAAGUUGGCUGUUUAAUGUUUCUGGCAGUACCCAAGACUCGGAGCGAAGUAGGAGGCUUAAAAUUUCUGCAAAUAAUUCACAAUUGUUUAAUGCUACAUUACCCUCCGCAGCAGUCUGUCUCCAAUCUCCGUUCCUGUUUCUUUUGGCUAAUGUUACAUCACAGAGGAUGCUUAAUUGCUCUAAUAUUACCUGUUACUUGUCUGAGUGUUGGAAUGGAUCCUGGCCUAUGGCAGUGGUUAUGAAAAUUCCAACUUUUGUCUCGAUCCCGGUUACUGCAGAUACAGAGUCUUUUCCUAUUGUUGAACUGAUUAGAGCCCAUAGAGAUUUUGGAAUUAUGGCAGCCAUAGUGACAGCUGUGGCGGUAUCUGCUGCUGCAGCAGUUAUAGCUGGAGUAGCCAUGGCCAGCCAGGUACAAACUGCUGCCACUAUUAAUCAGGUUAUUCAACAAACAUCCACCAUACUUGAAUCUCAAAGUAGAAUUAAUCAACACAUUUUAUCUGGGAUUCUGGCUGCUAAUCAAAGGAUAGAUCUACUUCAAGCUCAAGUUGAGGAAUUGUCUGAUCUAGUAUGUUUGGGUUGUAUUGAUCAACGUGCACAUUUAUGUAUAACCUCUGUCAGAUUUUAUGAUUCCAGAAAUGCCUCCAGCAUCAUCGGGGAGUAUCUAUCCGGAACCUGGUCCAUGGAAGCAGAAAACUUGAUCCAGUCUCAACUAACUCAGAUUGCUGUUUUGAACAGUACCCGUGUCGAUCCCGUGACUUUGGGGUGCUGUCAACUUGUUUGUCAUUAUAAACAGUCACAGUUCAGCCUCAGCUAUCCCCCUUCAUCCACCAUCGUCACGAUACAGGAUGCGAGGCAAGGCACUGCACUUGAGUGAUCCUUGACGAGGACCUCAAGGAGAGCAUGUCCUAUUGCAUGCGGGUUAGACGCGUUCACGCCCCGCCCCACGAAAAAAGGCGUCGGCUGAUAUGGCCUCAGAUCUGGGGAAGGGCCCUCCUUAGGACUGAGCCAUACUAUGCAGCCACUUCUGCACAGUGGGAUAGGACCUCUACUCUCGCCUGUAUUGUUUUAAGAAAACAGAAAAGGGGGAACUGUGGUGAGCCGCUUCUGCCGUUUCUGCAGAUUAUGGUCGCCAUUACAAGAUGACGCUGGCUCUGCUGUGGUCUGUGACAAACAACUCCUUAUCUGGGAAAGUUGGCACAUGAUUUUUCACCACCCUGUGAGAAAGCUCCACGCGGCAGCUUUGCAUUGGGGCUUGGGAUGCUUUAUUAAGGCUGGGAGGGGCAUCAGAA